CUAAAGCUUCGCAAUCCCUCCCUGUUUUCUAUCUUCCCCUUUUUCUUUCACUCCAACAUAUGUUUCCACUGAAAGUGCUCAGUCCUCUCCUGUCUGUCUUGUUGGUGUGUGUCUGGUGGGAGCCAGAGAACGUUUGAGGCCAUGGAAGAAUCUGUAUCUUUUUCAGUCCUUAACCAGAGGCUGAGACCAAAGCUCACCGCUAUGGAGCGACUCUGCUACUCACUGGAGGACCAAUCUCACACACCUGACUCGAUCAGAGGCAGUCCAACCACAAGACCUACGAUGCUGACACAUCUUGAGCCACAGGUCAAUGAAAGCCUAACUGGGACACAAGAAGAAAAAGAUGACCCUGAGCAAGAGGAAGUGACAGAGGAAGAAGAGCAAGAGGAAGUGGACUCAGAUGGAUCAACUCCUCAGGACGUCUGUGCUGAAUCAUUAACUGCGGCCGGUGACUGUUUGUUCCCCUGUCCGACAAUAGAGUGCCUGGAAUUGAAUGAUUCAACCACAGUCACUGACUGCUGUGUCCCCACACUGACCAUGGAGGGAGAUUGUCAUGUCGGUCUGCUCAGUGCCAUGGAGGGAGAGGGUCCAGACGGUAUGAUCACUGUCAGGGAGGGAGAUGGUUGUGAUCCAGGAGAGGCUGUCAGGGAAGGGGAGAGCUUGUCCCAGAUGAGCUACAUAGAGAGAGCCUUACCGGACCUGAUCAGCAGUGGCCGACCUCUUACCCGCCGGAGAACUCUAGGACCCGUCUCAGACACAUUGAAGGAGGUGCGUCGGGAGGUGGAGCUGUCUCGCAGACGCAGUCUGAGACUGAAGGCUCAGGUAGACAAACUACAGGAGAACAAAGAUGGCCCUCGAUGGGGCCAACACAAAGAAAAGGUCACUGAGGAGGUUCUGUCUGUUCUGAGGUUGCUGCUUCCUCUAACAGAAACAGAGUCCAUGCCAGUAGAACCCCUGGAUCAGGAGAACCGCCUUGACUCUGCACUGAUCAAGUUACAGAAUGUAGCACGCAAGUUAACAAUCAGCCACACCGCACAGGAUUCUAAAUGUGGGUCACGGAAAGGCAAAGGUGUUGAAGACAGCUCUGUAUUCCAGCAGGCUCUAAGGGACAGAGAUGAGGCCAUGGAAAAGAAGAAGGCCAUGGAGGCGGAACUUCUGCGCAGUAAGACUGAGAUGAUGUCACUUAACAAUCAUCUCUUGGAGGAAGUACAGAAAAGACUGGAGAUGUCCCUGGAACUAGAAGCCUGGAAGGAGGAUGUCCAGAUAAUCCUCCACCACCAUCUCCAGAGUCAGCAACAGGCAGAGGAAUGCCAGAAGAAGCCCUCUCGUUCAGGUCUACUGAGAAGGAAUAACAAACCGCCCAUCCAGAGACCAGGCAGUAUGUCUGUCUCCAACCCAUCUCCAAAAACCCGCAUGGUUUUCUCCUCCAACCCCACCCCUUCAACACCUGUCCAUACCCCCUCCCCUAAACCUGUCCCUGUGCCCACCCCCUCCCCAGCACCCACGACAAAAUGGAAAAAAAUCUGGAGUCGGGGGAAGAGUGAUCGUCCUUGCGACCAGAAUGACAGACAGGAGUCUCAGCAUUCCAAAGGCAGCAGCAGAGAGAAUGAAGGAUUCCAUAAUGUAGCGCUGGACUGAGAUAAUUCAUGACGUGCAUUUAUAAGGAACAGGGUUCCUGCAGGUUUCAGUAAGUCAAAUGUAAUACCUUUUUAAGACAUCUUAAGACCAUAAAGAUUGAAAUUUAAGUCUACUUAUCGUCA